AUGAACGCUCAGAACAGUGAUGCAGGCGUUCAAGCUGAUAUUCCUGAACAACAACAUGAAGAAAACACUUUGAAAAUUAGACCUUUAGAGAGGAUAAAACUUUAUCCGAAAGCCCCUAUUGAACAGAGUAGUUAUGGCAAAGGAAAGAAUUUUAGCCGACCAUGGAUCCUACAAGAUGGACGUGAAGCUCCCGACAAAGGAAGUGAAAUGCGUCGCUCUUAUCAAAUCCCUAAAAAACCACAUCGCGGGGAAGGUAUUCGAAAGAGAAUGUUAACUGAUUUCUUUUGGGAACAAAUGCUGGACGAAGUCAUCGAUGAGUUGGCUACGACUCAACCAGUUUCUGAAUAUUGUACGGAAUAUGACGCUAAUUAUAUCAAAGACGAGUUUGAACCUCGUAAUUUGGAAAUCACUGCUGAUAGAACUAUGCAUCUCAAAUAUCCGUUGUACGGAACUGGAUCCAGUGCUAUUACUUUUUACAGCGAGACAAUAAAGAAAACUGGUCCAGGUGAGAUUUUAGAGAAGUUUCGGAAAUGCCAAUACUUUACUCGUCCAAUGGAAGAGCGAUUGGAUGACGGCUGGGUUUUGUAG